CUUUUAAACCAAUCCAAUCAAUGUGCAACUAACUAUAAAUAAGGCUUUUGGCCCUCCCACUUUCGCACUUGUCAACGUUAAAUACACAGCUCAAACACAUCAGAUAAAGCAAAAUUCAGAGAAAUCACAGAGAACUUGAACGACUCCAUCAAUGGCCACUAAAGUGUAUAUUGUGUACUAUUCCAUGUAUGGACAUGUAGAGAAGCUAGCAGAAGAGAUAAGGAAAGGGGCUGCAUCUGUUGAAGGAGUGGAAGCCAAACUAUGGCAGGUCCCUGAGACACUACCAGAAGAGGUGCUGGGGAAGAUGAGUGCACCACCAAAGAGUGAUGUACCAAUCAUUACACCUGAUCAACUUACCGAUGCUGAUGGUCUUGUUUUUGGCUUCCCAACAAGAUAUGGAAUGAUGGCUGCUCAAUUCAAAGCAUUUCUGGAUGCAACUGGAGGUUUAUGGAGAUCACAACAGCUUGCAGGCAAGCCUGCAGGGCUCUUUUACAGCACUGGAUCUCAAGGUGGUGGACAAGAGACUACUGCGUUGACUGCAAUUACUCAGCUGGUUCACCAUGGAAUGAUAUUUGUACCCAUUGGAUAUACAUUUGGAGCUGGCAUGUUUGAAAUGGAGAAAGUGAAAGGUGGAAGUCCUUACGGUGCUGGAACUUUUGCUGGGGAUGGUUCAAGACAGCCAACUGAGCUUGAGUUGGAGCAGGCAUUCCACCAAGGGAAGUACAUUGCCGCCAUCACAAAGAAGCUCAAGGGUGGUGCUGCUUAAGUUUUAUAAUUCAACAUAAAGAUAUCAUUUGAAUAACAUUUUCCAUUUUUUCAGUCUUAAUAUUCCAUAUUCCUAUUUCUGUGUUUGCAAGUAAUAAUAUCUGUGUUGUUUGAAUUAUGCUUUGUAUGUGUGUUACACAGCACAGUGGUUUUUCUUAAUGAUAAAAGUUUGAUUGAUCAUC